CAGUUGCAAACUCUUAAUCGACGCGGUAGACGGUCGAUAAUGCCGCCCCGGCAUUGUUGCAUUGUAGAGGCUGUUGUUUACAUACGCCACUUAACAAACGGCUGGGAACAACCGGGAGCAAGAAAAUUUCCACAGAAAUCCAUGCCUAUCGUUCAGAUUUCUUCCUACUUUACAACUCAGUCUGACAAGCUAAGCUGUGUCGGGAAAGGUGUUUUUAGCCAAGAUAUCCUGUACGUAGUGUUCAUGUCAUUGGGAACUAGAGUACCGAGUAGUAUUUAAUGUGUCCGUAGUCCGUACGUGGCGUAGUGCAAAAAUAUUGACCUUUUGUCCAGCAUGGUGCUCCGGCUACGGAAUCUAACGCGCAAGAUCUGAAGUGGGAGGCGUUAGGUUACUUAGGUACCGGUAUGACGCAACUGUGAAGUUUUGUAGUGUGUUUUAAGUUCUGGGAUGGCGACGGAACAAGAGGAUUUAUCGAUCAACCCCUAGUACUCCAACAAUACGAACGUCAGACGAAUGUAACGACAUUCGAGAAGGUUUUAAACGGUCGAAGGAUCUGUUGGAUAAAACUCUUUAAGUUAAUGUUAAAAUUUUUUAGCCUGGUGGAGCGGCUGGAGUCUUUGUUUUCGUGCUUAAAUUGGGCUGCGAGUACAGUAUGGGUGUCCAAACUCGGUAACAGCGACAUACCGUAUUUUAAUGAAUCCGGGUCACUAUUUUUCGUAAGGGUUUCAGAUCAAUUACGCAUGCUUAAUGGACGAGCAUUUUGCAGAAGUUGGACUUUGAUCGAUCUAGAAUCUAAUGCUCGGGAGAAUAGUUGCGCUUCGUUGGAUUAAGUAAAGUAAGAACAGGCAUGAGUCAAGGACACGACCUGGGGACUUUAUUUUGGGACGGGCUUCCAAAUCACGACGAGUCACUAAUUGAUAAAAUACGAUACGUGCUGGAUCUGGUUGACCUUUAUGCUGUGAGUUCCUCAUGUAUCUAGCAGAAGACCACACCGGCAAAGGACGACAGUGAUCAUAUACUGGCUAUUCAACUGUACACACCGAUGAACGAUAAUGGGAUGGAUAAAUGCAGCUAAGGCCCGAGUGUCGCACGUAGUUGUAACGGCUGCGUGUGAUGACGCUUCGCCAGAUCGAUUUGGGGGCACUGUAUUCGGGCAAACCGGCUUUACCUGGCAACGGACUACGCGACAUGCUAUGGCAGGAUAAGGACGUCCGUCUGGACUGCAGCAAAGAACAGCUGCGACUGCGAAAUGGAGAAAUCCUCCUGGAGAAGCUGGACUCAAUCGAGGACACCAAGGCCAACACAGGAGAACGAGGUACACUGUACGUGACUAAUCUCCGGCUGAUCUGGAUAUCCCUGCAAUUGACCCGUGUUAAUAUUUCCCUGGGAUAUAACUGCAUCAGCAAUGUUUCCGUCCGGACGACAAUAUCAAAAAUGCGCGGAUCGGUGGAGUCUCUAUAUAUUUACGCCAAAUGCAGCACAGCUCGCUUCGAGUUCAUCUUCUCCUCGUUGUUCAAUUUGCAGAUCCCCGGCAGUGCCAAACUGUACGCGGUGGUCAACUCCGUGUUCAGGUCAUAUGAUUCAUCGCGGCUGUACCGCGAGGUGAAACUACGCGGCGCAGUGAUCGAAGGCAGCUCGCUGAAGCUGCUGCCGGAUGAGCAGCUCUUCGACAGUAUCGAGGGCGUCUUCAAUCUGACCAGCGACACCGGCGUCCUGGGCGGCAUGCACAUCACUAACGUCCGCUUGGUCUGGUACUCCGCCAUCAACGAUAAUUACAACAUAAGCAUUCCCUUCCUCGCCGUGAAGUUGAUUCGACCAAAUCAGACCAAGUACGGGCCGGCCGUUGUCCUGGAGACUUACGCUGACGGCGCCACCUGCAAUCUGGGAUUCCGGAUUGAUCCGCCGGAGAAGUUGCAAGCGACCAUGUUAAAGAUUCAGAAUCUUCACCGGCUCUUCGCCAAAUCGCCCAUCUUCGGCCUGAAGGAGCUCAAAACCGACCAGCUCAAUGCGCAGAGUCUGAACGACGUCCUGAAAGCUCCCAGCGAACAUCUCGAACCGGACAAUACGCCCAAGAACGACGCACUAGCGUUGUACUACCUGGAUAAUGGGAAAGGUCAGCGCCGCAUCAUCUUCUCCCGCGAGAUCGGUCUGGCCAUCGAGGAGCCACCCAACGGAAUGACACUGGCUGAUCUGUGGAAUCCCCUAUGAUAUGAUCGGCAUUGUUAAGUUUUGUUAUUAGCCCCAACAAGGAUCAGAUUUUGUCUGCACCUGCAGCGUAUAUAUGUACAGAAUCUACUACAGAUACACUGUUGUGUAUUGUCGCAGUUAGGACACCAACCUUGCAGCGUAUCAAACUGUGCGUUUGCGUAGCGCAUCCUGUGAACUCCUGCUUUGUUGACUGCAAAUUGUAACAUUGCGCAAAUUGCAUCACGUGACUUACGUCCAUUACAAGUAGAAAGUAAUGAUACACUGAAAAAGGAACAACUGAUGCUUUGAAGUAAUGUCGAUGUUUUGUGACUGAAUACUAACUGUGUAGACAGAGGACUAAGUGAUGUCCGAUGUACCUUCGUGACACAUACAAACCGAAAAAA